UAUAAUGCAGGACACGUGAAGUUAGAGCAGUUCAGUCUCGUCUCUCCCACAGUGGAUUAGUAGUAGCAGAGUGACAUGCUGUUUCUCCCACUUUCCACAGUUCACCGGAGGUAAAAGAACUCUGGCUAACAGCUUUCCGAGGACAGAGCCAAGACAACAGCGGAGCUAAAUUCAUCUCGGGACCAUCAGCCCAAACUCUAAUGAAGGUGAUAAGUAGCUGCAAUGCUGCUUCAAAAACACUAAAUGCCAGUAAUAUGGAGACAUUCAUUGGCUGUCAAUCAGAGGGUGAUAUCAAGGAACAUCCCCUGUUGGCAUCAUGUGAGAGUGAAGAUAGUAUUUGCCAGCUAAUUGAAAUUAAGAAGAGAAAGAAGGUAUUGUCUUGGCCCUUUCUCAUGAGAAGACUUUCCCCGUCAUCUGAAUUUUCUGGGACUUUGGAGCCAGAAUUGAAAGCAUCACUAUUUGACCAGCCCUUGUCAAUUAUCUGUGGUGAGGACGAUACGCUCCCCAGACCUAUUCAGGAUAUUCUUACCAUUCUAUGCCUGAAAGGCCCUUCAACCGAAGGAAUAUUCAGGAAAGCAGCCAACGAGAAAGCCCGCAAAGAGCUGAAGGAGGAGCUCAACUCUGGAGGCGUGGUGGACUUGGAAGGCCGCCCAGUGCACCUCCUGGCUGUGGUUUUUAAGGACUUCCUCAGGAGCAUCCCCCUGAAGCUGCUCUCCUGUGACCUCUUUGAGGAGUGGAUGGGUGCUCUGGAGACGCCGGGCGAGGAGGACAGGAUUGAGGCCCUGAAACGGGUUGCAGAAAAGCUCCCCCGGCCCAACCUCCUGCUGCUCAAACACCUAGUCUCGGUGCUCUACCUCAUCAGCAAGAACUCCGAAGUUAACAAGAUGGACUCGAGCAAUCUAGCCAUCUGCAUCGGUCCCAACAUGCUGACCCUAGAGAAUGACCAAAGCCUGUCCUUUGAAGCCCAGAAAGAGCUGAACAAUAAGGUUAAGACAUUGGUGGAAUUCCUCAUUGAUAACUGCUUUGAGAUAUUCGGAGAGAAUAUUCCAGAGCAUUCCAGCAUCACUUCUGAUGACUCCCUGGAACACACUGAUAGUUCAGACAUGUCGACCCUGCAGAAUGACUCUGCCUAUGACAGCACAGAUCCUGAUGUCGAAUCCAACGGUGUCAUCUCCCUUCAGAGCAGGCAGCCCCAGGGGCAGACCAAGAUGGCGGCUGGCUUGGACAACACAGGGACACAGACCCCAUGUGAGUUAAGCCUGGAGCCCAUUGUCAGCACUGUGGCCAGACUCAAAAACUCCCUCAGCCAAUCAGACAGGAGGUAUUCAGAGCCCAACAUGUCAUCCUCACCAGAGUGCCUCAAGAGCCGGAUAACAAACCAAAAACUAACUAAAAGUCAGGAAGACUUCACCACGCCCCGGGCAGAUUCUAGUCUUGAAAGUGAGGAAGCCGAAGACCCAUUUCCAGAGGAUGUUUUCCCUGCAGUAGAAGACAAAAUCAGAAGACCACUGGACCUGAAAGUAAAGAACUUGACUCAGGGUUUGGCGUUACCAUGGGGAUUGUUACCUAAAGCCUUCUCCAGCAGCUCGCUGGAUGGUUCUUCUGACAGCUCACCUAUGGUUUCUCCUUCCAGUCCCAAAAGACAUUUUUUCACAAGACAUCAGUCUUUCACCACAAAGUCUGAAAAGAGUAAACCCAACAGAGAAAUAAAAAAGCACUCUGUGUCCUUCUCCUUUGCCUCUCACAAAAGAGUGCUGACCAAAGCCUCCAGCUUUGGGUCUGGGAGAACCAAAGGCUUCCCCAGAGACCAAGUAAAGAAAGGUAAAAAAGAAAGCCAGCUUGCGGGCCGCAUCGUCCAGGAAAGCUGGCCUGAAAUCCAUAGACAAACAGCUAUAGACGUUAGCUCGAGAUCCUAUGCCCUCUCAGUCGACGAUGUAUUCCAGCUAGUUGACCAGAGAAUUCCUGAAAGCCCACCAUCUUAUCAAGAGGCCAUUCGGUGGUCCCAGACACCUGAACUCACUGCCACUGGUGGCCAAACGGUGGGGAGUAUGAGAGCGAGAAUGCUCAGUCAAGACGCCAUGCCAACACCUCUUCUACCUUCUCACCAAGGAGGGGAUUCAAGAGAUAUAUGCGGUAAACAGUGUCUUAAUGGACACAGACUGUCUCCUGUGGCUGAGAGCUGGAAACACAGGACUGUCAGUGCCUCUGUGGAAACUGAAGGGCAAGUGACUGUCACAGGCAGAUCUGAGCUUCACCGAUUAAGAACUGUGUCUGAGUCUAUACAGAAGAAUAAGCAAGACCAUCUAAUACGCCGAUGUAGUCAACCAGUCUUUGAGGCUGACCAACUCCAAUAUGUUAAAGAAUCCUAUAUUUAGGAAGGCAUGCCGUACACCAUGCUGUAACUUAGGGUAUUUCUGUAAAUAUGUGACUGCAAAAAGAACUGCUCUUACAUUCUGUUUUCAAAAUAGUCAAGAAUAAGCUCCUUUGGAAAGGUUAUGUACUGCCGUUCUCAAUGAAGAUAGCCACCCAAUGGGUGUCUGUGAGAACCUGAAUGUGUGCAAUAUGUAACAAGUGUAUAAAAUGUAUCAUAGACAAGCUGUUAGGUGUGAAAAUGUCUACAUAAAUGUGUGUACAUAUUUGUUUGUGUACUUGAGGUAAACUACAUUGCAUCCUUGCCUCCUGGGCACUUUUCUAUUGGUGAGUGUUUAAAAAUAAUCUUUUUUUAAUGUUGCCUCAAAUGUCACGCAAUUUUCAUGUUUUCCACAAACUCCAUUGAGAGAAAAAUGUUUAAAUCUCUGUUAGAAGUUUACUCUAAUAAGCAGCUUUGUGACAACUAAUGAAUCACCACAGUAGAAGAAAGAAACCAGACCAGAAGGAAUUAGUUCAGUGUUUGGAGUUUCAAUGGCAUUACAAACUCCAGUGAAAGAAAAGGCCACAAUUAAAAUUAUGAACAAUGCUCAGAUAUGUCCUUUUAUUCCCCAUAGAUUAGAGAAAAUGCAUUACAUCAAUAUUAACUCAUUUUUAGCACUUUGAAUUUCUUUGUAGUUCAGUGAUGUCUUAUCCAACAGUGUGGAGGUAAACUAUUAGAUGUGCUUUGGGGAUCGUAUAAAACUUCAAUGUAAUUUCACUACAAUAAAUUGCACUCCUUAUUUGAAAACACAAA